UGUCGUCCUUGACCUUCUGUGCAGGCGAUGCAACUAACAUCAUAAACAAUGUUUCGUGUCUACGGUUUGUUGGGAAAAGAAAUUGGCAACAGAUCUAAUCAAAUACUUGCGCCUAUAUGGAACUGCACCAGGUUUGCCAGCAGCUCAUCUCCUCUUGACCCGACGUGGUCGGCAGGAGCCAAGAAGGAGCUGAAGGGGAAGGAUGUGGAGGAAACGCUCACAUGGAGAACAUCAGAGGGGAUCAACAUCAAGCCUCUCUACACAGAGGAAGAUGUGAAGGACGUACCAUAUGAGAUACCAGGGAAAUACCCCUACACCAGGGGCCCUUACUACACCAUGUACACACACAGACCCUGGACCAUCAGACAGUAUGCAGGAUUCAGCACAGUGGAGGAGAGCAACAAGUUCUACCGGGACAACAUCGCAGCUGGCCAGCAGGGACUCAGUGUUGCCUUCGAUCUCGCUACACACAGAGGCUACGACUCCGACAACCCCCGGGUAGUUGGUGAUGUGGGCAUGGCUGGAGUGGCUAUAGACUCGGUGGAAGAUAUGAAGCUGCUGUUCGAUGGCAUUCCACUGUCCAAGCUCUCCACAUCAAUGACGAUGAAUGGAGCCGUUUUGCCGGUCCUGGCUAUGUUUGUGGUGGCUGCUGAGGAACAGGGAGCGUCACAGGACCAGCUGGCCGGGACAAUACAGAACGACAUUCUGAAGGAGUUCAUGGUGCGUAAUACCUACAUCUUUCCCCCUGAACCCUCCAUGAAGAUCAUUGGGGACAUCUUCGAGUACACGUCAAAGAACAUGCCCAAGUUUAACUCUAUCUCCAUCUCUGGCUACCACAUGCAAGAGGCGGGAGCAGACGCCGUCAUAGAGCUGGCUUUCACUGUUGCUGACGGGCUAGAGUACAUCAGGACAGGUGUCAGUCGAGGUUUGGAUGUGGACAAGUUUGCGCCAAGAUUGUCUUUCUUCUGGGGUCUUGGCAUGAACUUCUACAUGGAGAUUGCGAAGAUGCGAGCAGCUCGGCGCCUGUGGGCUAACUUGGUGAGGGAAAAGUUCCAACCCAAGAACCCCAAGUCAGAGUUACUGCGAGCUCACUGUCAGACUUCUGGCUGGUCACUCACAGAACAGGAUCCUUAUAACAACAUCAUCCGCACAGUGGUAGAAGCGAUGUCUGGAGUGUUUGGGGGCACACAGUCCCUACACACCAACUCUUUCGAUGAAGCCCUUGGUCUCGACGCCAUCAGUGCCAGGAUAGCCAGAAACACUCAGAUCAUCCUGCAGGAAGAGUCUGGAAUUCCUAAUGUGGCUGAUCCCUGGGGCGGAUCUUACAUGAUGGAGAAUCUCACCAAUGACAUCUACGACGAAGCACUCAAGUUGAUCAAUGAGAUUGAGGAGAUGGGAGGCAUGGCUAAGGCUGUAGCAUCUGGGAUGCCUAAACUGAAGAUCGAGGAAUGUGCAGCCAAGAGGCAGGCUCGGAUCGACAGUGAAUCAGAGGUGAUAGUUGGUGUGAACAAGUACCGACUGAAAGACCAGGACACGGUGGAAGUCCUGUCUAUAGACAACACUAUGGUGCUAGAGAAACAGCUGGCCAGACUGAAGAAGAUGAGGGAGACGAGAGACGAGGCUAAGUGUCAGGAGACCCUGUCUGCCCUCACCAAGUGCUGUGAGACAGGGGACGGGAACCUGCUCCAUCUCUCCAUAGAGGCCUCCAGGGCACGGGCAUCUGUAGGGGAGAUAACUCAGGCUAUGGAAGUGGUAUUUGGACGUCAUGUAGCCAGUGACAGAAUGGUGAGCGGAGCGUAUGCGACAGAGUUCGGACAAGCUGAGGAAAUGAGAAUUGUGUCCGAAAGAAUAAAGAACUUUGUGGAGUCGGAAGGUCGACGCCCGCGUAUCCUGGUAGCCAAGGUGGGCCAGGACGGCCACGAUCGAGGCGGGAAGGUGAUCGCCACAGGUUUUGCUGAUCUUGGCUUUGAUGUUGACAUCGGACCCCUUUUCGCAACCCCCAAAGAGGCUGCCCAGCAAGCCAUUGAUGCAGAUGUGCAUGUUGUCGGAGUUAGCUCCCUUGCUGCUGGUCACAAAACCCUGAUUCCCGAACUUAUCAAAGAACUCAAGAACAUGGGACGACCUGACAUCCUGGUUGUGGCCGGUGGUGUGAUUCCUCCCCAGGACUAUGACUUCCUCUACAGUGCCGGCUGCUCAGCCAUCUUCGGCCCAGGAACACGGAUACCAGACGCUGCCAUGAAGCUGAUCGAUAUGAUUGGUAAUCAGAUACAGACAGAGACUAAACACAGUGUGUAACUGAGAGUAUGACGUAGUGAUCUGAGACAUUCUCCAUCAUAAGUGCUAUGCUGUUACUUCCUCUGAGAGACGUGAUAUGUCCUCAUCUGAUGUUCUGUAGCUUCAUCCAGAUAAAUCCCCCCAGUUUACAUCUAUGUUGAUGUGGCUGACAUUAUGGCUAACCAGAUGCUUGUCAUGUUAUCUCAGAAUGCAUCUGUAGGAAGCGAUGUGACGUGCCAUAUGUUCUCAUAAUGGGACAGCCUGAAUCUUAAGCAUAGAAUAUGCAAGAUACAAUGUUUAUUUGGAACUGUUGCAAAUCCGGUAUGUUGCAGUGAAACCACCCAAGUAUUCUUAUAUCAGAAAAAAUGAAUGUAUUUUUUAUGAAGCAUAUCAUAUUCACGGGAGAGUGAACUAGUUGAUAUUAUUGAGCUUCUACUGAAAGUUUUUCUAAUGUAUUGAAUCUGAAAGGAAAGUGCCAGAUUAACCAUGUGAAUGGUCUACCAGAGAAGGAAGAAGCACUUGUGUAUAACAGUUUAUCAGGAACUGUUGACUGUAAAUAGUGUGUGGAAGGUGAAUGUGAUGAUGUGAUAGAGUAUUGUAUGUUUACUAUUGCAGUUGGUAUGGAAUUGUAAUACGUUAACUUAUUACAGUAAAUAUUUAAAAUCUUUGUGUGUCUGUUCUUUGGCUGAAUAAAACAUGUAACCUUGGUCUUUGCCAACAGCUUGAACGCACCUGGA